GAAAAAAAAUUCUUCACAUCAUCCGACAUACCAGAUCUUCUAGAUAAAGUAAUUUUUGCAAUUAUCCGCUCAUCGGAGACAAUACACUACUGUUUUUUAAUGGCAGCUAUUCCAUCAUGGAUGAUCAUAAUCCAGCCCAUCACUGUUGCCAGCCGUAAAACACCAGUCAUGAGAAUUUCAUCGUCUGUAACCCGUCCGGCUACGACGGAUUUGGUAGAAUGCACCCAAUAA